AUGGCUUCUCCUCCACCCUUAACGCUAAACGUCGUCGGAUCAGACACGUUCCCAACAGUUUCAAGUUCGCUGACACCACCUUCUCCUCGCCGUUCCUCUCCGUUACAGAACCUCAGUCCCAGCAUUCUCAUCAUCGUAACGGUCCUUGCCGUCACCGUCAUCAUCUCCCUCGCACUCUGUUUCCUACUCCGUCACCUCAACCGCCGCUGCCUCCGCCGUUUCUCUUCUACCUCCGCCGCUCCAUCCGCCGCCGCCACGCCUAUUUUCACCUCCAGCCGCCGAAUAUCGCCGGAAAUCCCUCAUUCGUCCACUUCCGUCAUUGACUCGCUCCCUCUCUUCACCUUCUCCUCCGUCACGCGCCGUUCCGCCGCCGUCGCCGGGGACUGCGCCGUGUGCCUCUCGAAGUUCCGCCACGACGACCUCCUCCGCCUCCUCCCUCUUUGCUGCCACGCCUUCCACGCGGAAUGCAUCGACACGUGGCUCCAAUCGAACCUCUCGUGCCCGCUCUGUCGCUCCGCCAUUGUCGCCGCGGAUUCCGACCUCGCCAAGGUUCUCCGACCGCCGUCGUCCGCCGCCGGAAGCAGCGACAGUUUUCGCCUCGAGAUAGGGAACAUCAGCCGCCGCGGAACCGAAGGCGCCGCCGAUGGUGGUGGCGUGCGCGGCGGUUCGAGGUCAAGGUCCUAUUCCAUUGGAUCGUUCGACUAUUUGGUGGACGACGAAUCGGAGGUUCCGUAUAGUCACGCUCGACGGAGGAGCGUGGACGAUCAUAAAGAGUUCCCGGUGGCGUCGGAGGCUCCCGGGACUCAGCAUGAAGCGAGUCUCGCCGGCGAAGUUGCCGGCGUUAGAAGCUGGCUUAAAGAUUACAUGGAUAGGGUUUCGGCUUCUAUUUCGUCUCGAACGGCGUCGUUUCGAAGUUCUGGAAGGUUCUUCAGUGGUGGGAGUAGUCGGCGAAGCGACGUCGUUCCGGUCGCUGCGGAUUAUGACUUGGAAGGUAACCGAAUUGGGGAAGAGAUCAGCGAGAUGUUUCGUUGGCUUUCAGGGGUAUGA